AAUUAAAUAUAAUCUAAUACAGCGGAAAGAGAAAGGACCAUCCGAGAAAGUAGAAGACCUGGCGAUGCCCCACCAGCUGUACAGUCCGUGUUGAUGGCUGGACGAGGUCGGGGUGUGUCUGCGGACGAUUUGCCGGUUCAAGGGGGUAGAAGUAAACCGAGGAUUGCUCAAACUGCAGUGCCACGCGUCGGAUUAAAUGUAGGAAUGGCGUCCGUGACUAUUUCCAGUUCGGACAGCGAUACUGGAAGCUCAUCAUCUAAAGGAAAGGGAUAUCUUCUGCCGGUGAUGAUGGCAACGGAAACGGUCACGGCAACGGUAAUGGUAAUGGAGGAGGCGGGGCUGCUGAACAGAUCCCUGUUAGAGAGAGUGUGGGCAGAGGAGCAAAGCGAGGCAAGCCAGAGCCGAUGGCCAUUUACAGAACAAUACCCUCAGAAACUCAGACUAAGUUCGCAAGAUGGGAGCUAAAGUAGAUCUAAGUUCGGAACCUUCUUCAAAGGGAAGUAGUUGGAAGUAGUACUUUCCAACUACUUUCCUUUGAAGAAGAUGCCGAACUGGAGACUCUAUCUCUACCGUGUGGACAUGAAGCCUGAGGUCGAUUAUACAAAGGUAAGGUUCUGUCAAAUUU